GAGAGGGGCGGCGCCUCCGAACUUCUCCAAACUCCCCUUUCUCCCUGCGCAACCAACUUCCCGGAUUCAUCGUCUCGCCGCUGCCAUUCAUUUCUUUUUUGUUUGCUUGCUUGUCUUUGAGUCUUCUUCCUGCUCUGGUUGCCUUUUCAUUCUUCGGCUCCUUUCGCUUAGUCUCUGACGACUAAGCUCCUUACCCCUGACAUCAUGUCGAAAAUGUGGGAAGUCGACCCGGAGACGAAGGCCAAGGUAUGUCAUGCCCGACGCAUCCCACGACCUUCGAGAUUCGACCCGACUGACUUUCUGGAUGACUGUAUAGCUCCUUCUAUACUCCAAAACCAACGGCAAUGACCGCUGCUGCGACUGCGGCGCCCCCUCUCCCCAAUGGGCAUCUCCUAAAUUCGGCACCUUCAUCUGCCUAAACUGCGCCGGCACGCACCGCGGACUAGGCGUCCACAUCUCCUUCGUGCGCUCCAUCACCAUGGACGCCUUUAAGAACUCCGAGACCCAGCGCAUGGAACACGGCGGCAACGACACUUGGAAGACUUUCUUCGACGACCAUCCCGUUACGCAGUCGGAGGGGCGCACCUUCGAGGACUCCACCAUCAAAGAACGGUAUGAGGGCGAGGUCGGAGAGGAGUAUAAGGAACGGUUGGCGGCGAAGGUCGAGGGUCGCGAAUAUGAUCCUGCGCUGGUGCAGAGGAAUAACAUCAACAAUAAGAAAGCGGAGCAGCAGCCGUCGUCGAGGUCGAGCACGCCGUUAGCGGGCGGGAGUACGGGACGAGGGUCGCCGGCUGACGGGGAACGGCUUGGACGGACGGGAAGCACGAAGAAGGAGCGCAAUGAGGCGUAUUUUGCGAAACUGGGCUCGGAGAAUGCGACGCGCUCGUCGACGUUGCCGCCCUCGCAGGGAGGCAAGUUUACGGGCUUUGGCGGGGGCUUGCCGGUCGAGGAUUCGCCCUCGCGUGGUGGUGCGGGUGGUGCGAGGGGCGGCGCAGGGCGAGGCGUUCCCGGGUUCGAUGACUUUCAGAAGGAUCCUAUGGCGGCACUGACGAAGGGGUUUGGGUGGUUUACGACGGCGGUGGGCAAGGGCGCGAAGACGAUGAAUGAUUCGUAUAUCCAGCCCACGGCGAAGAGUCUCGCUGAGUCCGACUUCGCCGCCCAAGCGCGCAUCCACGCCUCCACCUUCGGCCAGAACCUCCAGACCGGCGCGCGCGGCGCCGCAGACCACUUCAACCGCUUCGUGGAAGGGCCCGAAGAAUCGCGCCGUCGCGGACGGGAAGAUCCCGAGCGCAAGGACUUCUGGGAUGAUUUCUCGUCCCUCGGAAACGAGGAGAAUCAUCGUCGCACGGCUUCUAGGUCUAGUGCUAUCGGAACGUCCGCUAUGAAGCCGUCUACGACGUCUAGUCCGGCUGGCGCGACGACGAGUGCUGCUACUACUGCUGGUGCUGGUGGCGGUGGCAGUAGUACGACAGCUGCUCCGGCGGGCCGAAAGAGUCAGGAUGAAGGGUGGGAUGAGAAUUGGUGA